ACUAACUCAGGUGGUGCCCAUACGCCUCACACUCUCUCCUGCACCACUACCGCCCUUGCACACUGCUACUGCUCCUCCUCCUCCCCUGGGCGACUUCAAAUUCACCAGCAGGCAAAGCGAAGCCUCCCGAGGAAGACACAGGUGACGGUAGGAGAUCAAGGGGGUCCCGGGGUGUGUUAUUGACAGUGAAAGACACACAAUGGGGUUCCCCGCAGCGUGGAUGGUGGCGGCGGUGCUGGUGGUCGGGCAGCACGCGGUGGGAGGCGUCAAGGAAAUGGGACCCAAGACACAACUGCCUGACGACACCUUAUUCAAGGACCCCGCCGCUUUCUGUGAAGGAUGUUAUGGCAUGGUACACGAGUUGCACAAACUGCUGCUAAAGUGGAAGAAGGAGAAGGGCUCCCUGGAGGAUCACAUCGACGCGGCGCUGCUGGCGGUGUGUAGUACAGACCGCCUUAGGGCCUACGUCCUCUCUCCUCCUAAGAUGGUGCGACUCUGCUCCGGCAUUAGAGCUCACUACGAGGACGAGGCUGGGCUGGUGAUGCUGAAGCAGUACUCCGCCAAGAAGAAGCCUAGUGUUGACAAGGUGUUUGAGUCUUUCUGCAAGAAGACCAUCCCAGCCUGCCCUAAAGGACUCAAGCCUAUGUCCGUCGCCAGGAAGGAAAAGACGGAGAAAGCGGCUGAAGAAAAGAAAGCACGGGAAGAAAAAGAAAACAAAGAAAAAGGGGAGGAAAAAACGAAACAGAAGACAAAGACGAAAAAUGAUACAAAAAAGAACAAAAAGGAUGAAUUAUAACUUCUCACCAGCCUCUUCCUGGACGCAUCUUGUUACUCUGUUGUUAAAUUAUUGUUUGUUAAUGUGAGAUGAUUAUUUUGUACAAAUUUUCCAUGUGAAUUAAAAGUAAACGAUCUGAUACUGAUACUA